AAUCGCCCGUAGUGGGGCGAAUGCCACCAAUUGGCGACGUGAAGGACAAUGGCGACGACCGCCGCUGCCUUAGCGCUUCUUCUGACCACGGCGGCCAUGUGGGCGCAGCAGUGGAUGCGGGCCGCGGCCGCCGACUGCCCCGAAUUUUACCGCCGCAAGAACCCGCAGCACACGGCGUGCAAGCCUCUCAACUCGUGGUGCAAGAUCAAGGAGAGUGGCGUGGACGACGUCCAGCGCUCCCUCAUACUGAAGCUGCACAACGACUACCGGAGCCGAAUCGCACGUGGCAACGUGACCGGAUUCAAGCCGGCAGCCGACAUGCAGGAGCUCUUGUGGGACUCCGACCUGGAAUACGUGGCUCAGGCUCAUGCUAACCUAUGUACAACUCCCGACGGCGACCUGAAACAUGACGACGUGCGGGACCGCUUCACGCCACGCUUCAAGUUCACGGGUCAGAACUUGGCGUGGAUAGGCCGGUCGUUCGGCAACGGGGGGCCCAACUGGACCUACGUGAUUCUCGGCUGGUUUGCGGAGUACAGGCUCUACCCCGCAGGCCUGGUGUCUCGGCUCGAGGUCACAUCAGGCGUCAAGACGGGCCACUUCACCCAGCUCGCCUGGGCCAAGUCGCGCUACGUGGGCUGCGGAUACGUCUACUACACCGUCGACAAGGCCCGCUAUCCGCACAUGAAGCACUACACGUGCGACUACGGCCCUUCCGGGAACUACCUAAGGCAGCCCGUCUACCAGGAAGGCGCCACGUGCAGCGCCUGCCCAGAGCCGACUCAGUGCAACCGGCGCAAGGGCCUGUGCGACGGUACGUCGAACGAUCCGGGUGAGAUGAACCCGUUCAUACGCUACCGAGCGCCCGUCCCGAUUGUAAAUGCUUCGCCAUCCCAACCGCGUACUGAGCCACCGACCACGCUUGAGCCUAUGACUGAAGGUCCCUACGUACAAGAUUUCUACCCAAAACCAUUGCCAAUUCCGGAGUCCGAUGAUCCGUAUUCAACGAUCGAACCAAGUACAGAUACGGUCCAAUUUCCUCCAGUCGGAGUAGGCGGCGGUUCUCAAGAUGCUCAGGGCGACGAGGACGCUUACCGGCAUGUCGACGAAGAAGGGAUUGGCUGGCUGUCCUUCAUCGCGGUCUGCGUCAGCGGGGUGGCGGUCGCUGCGCUCGCCACGUUCUUCGUCUUCUGGCGAUACAUGGCCGCGACGCCGCUCCCGGAACCUGGCGGUGCGACGGGAGCGCGGAGUCUGACUACCUCGGCAUUGCCGUAAAAAGCACGCAGACGCCACAUCUACACUUAUUCAACAUAUUAAAUGUGCACGAGCUGGAUCAUCGAGAUGAUGGCCGAGCUUGUAGCAGUGUGUUCUAUCCUCA